AAGCACAGACCGCAGCAUAGAGUGGAUACCGGUGCAGUGCAGAGCGGGGCGAGGGCCAUGGCUGUAUCCGGGGUCCUGUCGCUCCUGGCAACGGUGGCAUCUAUGGCGCUGGUGAUUCUGGAGACACACUUCGCGGCAGGCGCGGGCAUGGGCUCUUGCUACGACGGUGCAGGACGCGCACAGCGCUGUCUGCCUGAGUUCGAGAACGCGGCGUUCGGCCGACGCGCUGAGGCCUCCCACACGUGCGGACGGCCCCCGGAGGACUUCUGUCCACACGUGGGGGCACCAGGGGCUGGGCUACAGUGCCAGCGCUGCGACGAUGCUGACCCCCGACGACGCCACGAUGCCUCCUACCUCACAGACUUCCACAGCCCCGAUGAUAGCACCUGGUGGCAGAGCCCAUCCAUGGCCUUCGGGGUGCAGUACCCCACCUCGGUUAACCUGACCUUGCGCCUAGGGAAGGCCUAUGAGAUCACCUAUGUGAGGCUGAAGUUCCACACCAGUCGCCCUGAGAGUUUUGCCAUCUACAAGCGCACGUACGCCAGUGGCCCCUGGGAGCCCUACCAGUACUACAGUGCCUCCUGCCAGAAAACCUAUGGCCGUCCUGAGGGCCACUACCUGCGACCGGGCGAGGAUGAGAGGGUGGCCUUCUGCACCUCUGAGUUCAGUGACAUCUCCCCCUUGAGCGGGGGCAACGUGGCCUUCUCCACCCUGGAAGGCCGUCCCAGUGCCUACAACUUUGAGGAGAGCCCUGUGCUGCAGGAGUGGGUCACCAGCACUGACCUCCUGAUCUCUCUGGAUCGGCUCAACACGUUUGGGGAUGACAUCUUCAAGGACCCCAGGGUGCUCCAGUCUUAUUACUAUGCUGUGUCUGACUUCUCUGUGGGUGGCAGGUGCAAAUGCAAUGGCCACGCCAGUGAAUGCGAGCCCAACGCGGCUGGUCAACUGGCUUGCCGCUGUCAGCACAACACCACAGGAGUGGACUGCGAACGUUGUCUGCCCUUCUUCCAGGACCGUCCGUGGGCCCGCGGCACCGCCGAGGAUGCCAACGAGUGUCUGCCCUGCAACUGCAGUGGGCACUCUGAGGAGUGCACAUUUGACAGGGAGCUCUAUCGGAGCACGGGCCAUGGUGGGCACUGUCAGCGCUGCCGUGACCACACAACUGGGCCACACUGUGAGCGCUGUGAGAAGAACUAUUACAGAUGGUCCCCGAAGACACCAUGCCAACCCUGUGACUGCCACCCAGCAGGCUCUCUGAGUCUCCAGUGUGACAACUCGGGCAUCUGUCCCUGCAAGCCCACAGUGACAGGCUGGAAGUGUGAUCGCUGCCUGCCUGGAUUCCACUCACUCAGUGAGGGCGGCUGCAGACCCUGUACCUGCAAUAUCGCUGGCAGCUUGGGCACCUGUGACCCCCGCAGUGGGAACUGUCCCUGCAAAGAGAAUGUAGAAGGCAGCCUGUGUGACAGAUGCCGCCCCGGGACAUUUAACCUGCAGCCCCACAAUCCAUCGGGCUGCAGCAGCUGCUUCUGUUAUGGCCACUCCAAGGUGUGUGCUCCUGCUGCUGGGUUCCAGGAACACCACAUCCGCUCAGACUUCCGCCAUGGAGCUGGUGGCUGGCAUACCAGAAGCAUGGGAGUGUCCGAGCAUCCUCUGCAAGGGAGCCAGAGUGGGCUUCUCCUGGGCCUGCGAGGAGGGGAGGAGCUCUCAGCCCCAAAGAAGUUCCUGGGAGACCAGAGACUCAGCUAUGGACAGCCAGUCAUACUGACCCUCCAAGUACCCCCUGGAGGCUCCCUACCUCCUAUGCAGCUGAGACUGGAGGGGGCAGGUUUGGCUCUGGCUCUGAGGCCCUCCAGUCUACCCAGCCCUCAGGACACCAGGCAGCCAAGACGAGUUCAGCUCCAGUUCCUCUUGCAGGAGACUUCUGAGGAGGCAGAGUCCCCACUGCCCACCUUCCACUUCCAGCGCCUGCUUUCCAAUCUGACUGCUCUGAGCAUCUGGACCAGUGGCCAAGGACCGGGCCAUUCUGGCCAAGUGCUCUUGUGUGAAGUUCAGCUCACAUCGGCCCGGCCCCAGCGUGAGCUUGCCCCUCCAGCCUCUUGGGUGGAGACCUGCUUAUGUCCCCAGGGAUACACAGGCCAGUUCUGUGAAUUCUGUGCUCCGGGAUACAAGAGAGAAAUACCUCAUGGGGGUCCCUAUGCCAACUGCAUCCCCUGCACCUGCAACCAGCAUGGCACCUGUGACCCCAACACAGGGAUCUGCCUGUGUGGCCACCACACCGAGGGUCCAUCCUGUGAGCGGUGCAUGCCAGGUUUCUACGGUAAUGCCUUCUCAGGCCAUGCUGAUGAUUGCCAGCCCUGUCCGUGCCCUGGCCAAUCAGCCUGUGCAACCAUCCCAGAGAGUGGAGAUGUGGUGUGCACACACUGCCCUCCUGGUCAGAGAGGACGACGAUGUGAGAGCUGCGAAGAUGGCUUUUUUGGGGAUCCUCUAGGGCUCUCUGGAGCUCCCCAGCCCUGCCGCCAAUGCCAGUGCAACGGGAACGUGGAUCUCAACGCUGUGGGCAACUGUGAUCCUCAUUCUGGCCACUGCUUGCGCUGUCUGUACAACACGACAGGGGCCCACUGCGAGCACUGUCUGGAGGGUUUCUAUGGGAGUGCCGUGGCCACAAGGCCUGUGGACAAAUGUGCUCCCUGCAGCUGUGACCUGAGGGGCUCAGUCAGUGAGAAGACCUGCAACCCUGUGACUGGCCAGUGUGUCUGCCUGCCUUAUGUCUCCGGGAGGGACUGCAGCCACUGCAGCCCUGGCUUCUAUGACCUCCAGUCUGGGAGGGGCUGCCAGAGCUGCAAAUGUCACCCACUUGGAUCCUUGGAGAAUAAGUGCCACCCCAAGACUGGCCAGUGUCCCUGCCGACCCGGUGUCACUGGCCAAGCCUGUGACAGAUGCCAGUUAGGUUUCUUUGGCUUCUCCAUCAAGGGCUGCCGAGACUGUAGGUGCUCCCCACUGGGUGCUGCCUCAUCUCAGUGCCAUGAGAACAGCACCUGUGUGUGCCGGCCUGGCUUUGUGGGCUAUAAAUGCGACCGCUGCCAGGAUAAUUUCUUCCUCGCGGACGGUGACACAGGCUGCCAAGAGUGUCCCACCUGCUAUGCCCUAGUGAAGGAAGAGGCAGCCAAGCUGAAGGCCAGGCUGAUGCUGAUGGAGGGAUGGCUUCAGAGGUCUGACUGUGGUAGCCCCUGGGGACCACUAGACAUUCUGCAGGGAGAAGCCCCUCUGGGGGAUGUCUACCAAGGUCACCACCUACUUCAAGAGGCCCGGGGGACCUUCCUGCAACAGAUGGUGGGCCUGGAGGAUUCUGUGAAGGCCACUUGGGAGCAGUUGCAGGUGCUGAGAGGGCAUGUACACUGUGCCCAGGCUGGAGCUCAGAAGACCUGCAUCCAGCUGGCAGAGCUGGAGGAGACAUUGCAGUCCUCAGAAGAGGAGGUCCUUCGUGCAGCCUCAGCUCUCUCAUUUCUGGCAAGUCUUCAGAAAGGAUCCAGCGCACCCACCAAUUGGAGUCACCUGGCAUCAGAGGCCCAGAUCCUCGCCAGAAGCCACAGGGACAUGGCCACCAAGAUCGAAGCUACCUCGGAAAGGGCCCUGCUUGCCUCCAACGCCAGCUAUGAGCUCCUGAAGCUGAUGGAUGGCAGAGUGGCCUCGGAAGCCCAGCAGGAACUGGAGGACAGGUACCAGGAGGUGCAGGCAGCUCAGACUGCCCUGGGCAUAGCUGUGGUAGAGGUGCUGCCCAAAGCUGAAAAGGCACUGGCCAUGGUGAAGCAAGUCAUUGGUGAUGCAGCCCCACAUCUCGGCUCGCUGGUCACCCCUGAAGCAACGAACUUCCAAGCUAGGGACCUGAGCUGGAAAGUGAAGGCCCUGGAGCAGAAGCUGAAGCAGAAGGAGCCCGAGGCAGGUCAGGCUGUGGGAGCCCUGCAGGUGGAGGCUGGGAGAGCCUUGGAGAAGAUGGAGCCCUUUAUGCAGCUACACAAUAAGACCACAGCUGCCUUCACACGGGCUUCCUCAGCUGUGCAAGCUGCCAAGGUGACCGUCAUAGGAGCAGAGACCCUGCUAGCUGACCUAGAGGGAAUGAAGCUGAGGUCUCCUCUACCCAAGGAGCAGGCAGCGCUGAAGAAGAAAGCAGGCAGCAUCAGGACCAGGCUCCUGGAGGACACAAAGAGGAAGACCAAGCAGGCAGAGAGGAUGCUGGGAAAUGCUGCCUCUCUCUCCUCCAACGCCAAGAAGAAAAGCAAAGAAGCAGAACUGAUGUCUAAGGACAAUGCCAAGCUCUCCAGAGCUUUGCUGAGGGAAGGCAAGCAGGGCUACCGUCAUGCCAGCCGACUUGCCAGCCAGACCCAGGCCACACUCCGUCGGGCCUCUCGCCUGCUGCUGACCUCAGAAGCACACAAGCAGGAGCUGGAGGAAACUAAACAGGUGACCUCUGGGCUGAGCACUGUGGAGCGCCAGAUCCGAGAGUCUCGGAUCUCCUUGGAGAAGGACACCAAGGUCCUGUCAGAGCUGCUUGUGAAGCUGGGGUCCCUGGGUGUCCACCAAGCCCCUGCUCAGACCCUGAACGAGACCCAGCGGGCACUAGAAAGUUUGAGGCUGCAGCUGGAUUCCCACGGAGCCCUGCAUCACAAACUGAGGCAGCUGGAGGAAGAGUCUGCUCGACAGGAGCUGCAGAUUCAGAGCUUUGAGGACGACCUCGCUGAGAUUCGCGCUGACAAGCACAACUUGGAGACCAUUCUGAGCAGUCUGCCAGAGAACUGUGCCAGCUAGACCCUGGCACACCCUCUCCACCCUGCCGUUUCCUGUCCACUCCCUGUAGGUGUCCCAGGCCUGCCUGUCAUAUGUUCACGUGAAUGCUUGUUUGCUGGUGUAUCUUUGGUCUGAGCAGGAGUGAAUACAUGCUCACACCUCCACAGAUGACCCUGUAUGUAGCCCUCAGUGUGUGCUCCCUAAACAUGCAUCAGCCUACACACCCCAGUGUCAGUAAGGCAUGUCUUCAUUUGCACUGUGAUGCACUGAUGUGUUAAGACCACCUGUGUGCAUGCACACAUAUGAGAGUCUAGAGCUGUCGAGAGGCAGUCCUGAGCUUGGGCACACUCCACAUUCUGGGUGGGUCCUGUUAUGAAAUAUUCCCUGCAGGGCUGACACAUCUACAACCCUCCCUCCAGAAAUCAACAGGGGUGGUACCUCCGAGGCUGAGAGACUAUCUAUCCUCAGAAAUCUUGAGAAGCCUCAGAAAGUCCCACGUGCAUGGUCACAGAGCUGGCCCUGGACCCACUAUGCUCCUCUGUCCCCUAACUGGUCACCCAGCAGCCCUGAGAACUGAGGUACUAGACAGAUCAAGCAGUGCCCAGAUUCUAACAGGGUUCCGGGAAGUGGCACCUGAGGCCAUGUGGACCUGCAAAGCCACGGGGCAGGGUAAGAUGGAGGUAUCUUUUGUGGACGAUUCCCCAGAGGGAUCUGGACCUCAUCAUUGAGGGAAGUGCCUGAUCCAUCCACCUUCAAUGUCCUGACCUACCUGAAGAGCCAGCUUCUUCAGGGUCUGGCUCAUGAGCCCUCAAGCAGGCAAUGGGGACAGCCCUUUGUGCCUUGCUGACCUGGUUAGCCUUUGAUUGACACUUCUCAGACUGGUCCUGUGGCCCCACCUGUCAUGAAGUAUGUCACAGGGAUGUGGGAGCCUGGCUGUCAUUCUAAGCCUGCUGCCCAUGACUGCCUCCCCCAGAAAUCCCUGGCAUUUCUUCCUGAUGCCCCCUCUUUUGCUCAGAGCUCUUUAGAACACAGCAGGGCCUAGGCACUGGGAUAACAGCCACCUUUGCAAGCCCAAGCCCUUCCCCAGGUCCCAGAGGAACUGAUAGUUACAUGGACUGAUUGUGAUUCCGAGGAAAUAAAGAACCCUUUUCUGUGUGCUGUGC